GAUGAUGACGAUGAUGAAGAUGAUGAGGAAAAUCUUGACGAUCACUUGGAUGAUGAUGAGUAUGAUGCUGAUUUUGUUUAUUCGCAUGGUGUUGAUGAUUACGAUGAUGAUGAUUUGAUUGAUGAUGUUGACGAUGGUGACGAUGAUUGUGGUGUUGACGAUACGGAACAUGAUGACGAUGUUGAUGGUGAUGAUGCUGACGUUGAUGAUGAUGAUUCGGAAGUUGAUUUUGAUUCGGAUGAUGAAUAUGAAGACGACGAUGAUGAUGAUGAUGACGAUGAAGAUGACGAUUCGAUUGAUGUUGAUGAUGAUGAUGAUGAUGAUGAUGAUGAUGAAGAUGACGAUGAUGACGAUGAUGAUGAUGAUAAUGUUGAGGAUGACGUUGAUGAUGCUGAUGAUGAGGAUGUUAACGAUCAGGAUCAUGAUGAUGAUAUUGCUAAUGAUGAUGAUGAUGAUGAUGAUGGUGAUGAUGAUGAUGAUGAUGAUGAUGACUAUGAUGAUUCUGAUGAUGAUUUGGAUGAUGUUGAUUAUGACGAUGAUGAAGGUGGUGGUGAGAUUGAUGAUGAUGAUGUUAUUGAUGUUGAUGAUGAUGAAGAGAAUGAAGAUGAUGAUGAUGAUGAUGAUGAUGAAAAUGAUUAUGACGAUAUUGCUGCUGCUGCUGCUGCUGAUGGUGAUGAAUCUGAUGAUGAAGAUGAUGAUGGCGAUGAUGAUGACGAUCAUGAUAAUGACGACGAUGAUUCGAAUGAUGAUGAGGAUUAUGCGGAAUUUGAUUUUGCGUAUGAUGUUGAUGAUUACGAUGAUGAUGAUUUGAUUGAUGAUGUUGAUGAUGAAGCUGAUGAGGAUGAGGAUGAUGAUGAUGAUGAUGAUGAUGACGACGAUGAUGAUGAUGAUGAUGAUGAUGACGAUGAUGAAGAAAAUGAUAAUGAUGAUUAUUAG